AUGAAUACAGGCAAUAAUAAUAACAAUGAUACUUCUUUUACGACUAUAGACAUUUGGAAUACUAGCACUAGUGAUAUAGAAUGGCAAGAUCCUGAUAAUACAUACGUCUGUUUAGAUAGUGAUUUUAGUUUGACGACUGAUGAAACUAAAGCGCUAUCAACUAUUUCAGAUAAUAAUAGUAGCGAUAUUUGUGAAUUUUCUUUUAAUUAUGAUCACAAUGCUUUUCAAAGAGCUCAAGACGCCGCAUACACUUUUGAAAAUAAUGAUGAUAAUGCGGAUAUUGAUGAUUAUGAUAAUAUUACCACUAGUAAUACUAGCUCUUCAUUUGUGGAUUCAGCAGAAUAUAGUAAUACACGGGAAGAGGACUAUAUUAUACAAGAUAUUCCAUAUGAAAAUGAAAUUUUUCAAAAUUUAACUAAAAACAAUAAUCAAAAUAAUAUAGACAAAUCAAUACCAAGUUUAAUGGCUAUAAAAACAGCAAUGCAACUUGGGAAAAUAAAAAUAAAAAAAUUAGAAGAAAGAUUUCAAUUAGCUGAUCUUUUAAUACAUAAUGAUCAAGGAAAAAACUUGAAGAAGUUUUUAGUCAAGCUAUAUGGAACACACGUUCAAGUUUAA